AUGCAAGCAGUGCCUCCGAAUUUGCGAUCAUUUCUGUCGUCCAAUGUGAAGAAAUCUGAGAGAGGAUACUGCAUUGGUCAUGAUGCAUUGAAUGAGUUUUGGACCACUCUUUGCACACAGUCCAAUGUAUCUGGUUGGAGACGGUUUUCUCGGUUUUGUCAAUCAACCGCUCGGCAUUUUGAAAUUGUUUCGGACCCUGACACAGCGCCAAGUGAAGAUGAGGUGCUAUACCAUGCAGGAGUGGUAGUCAUGAUUUUGUUUGACCUUCUGGGCAUCAGAGUCCAGCCGAGUGAACUGGAAGAUUUUUUGCAGAGCACUGUUUCUUCGGACCAUGACAGCAUGAGUGAUUCUGAAAUGAUGCCAUUCACAGAUCCGACGGCGGACCACAGUAGUUGUUCUUCCAGUCUUGAAAUCACAGACAAAGGGUCUAAAGAUUGCAGGAUGGUUUCUGGCGGGGAAAUGUUGGAGACACCAGAACCCAUAAACCGUCAGCAAAAAACUCAGAUGCAAAGAGUCUUGCGAAACAAUGUGGGUACGACAAGCAACAUCAGUGUUGAAGGGGCCCAAGGGGAACUUGAUGUGGAGUCUUUGUUGAAACUUCUGAAAGGUAAAGAGCUUGAAAUUGCCAAAUUGCGUUCUCAGAAACGACAGCUGCAACAGGGAUUGCGACGUGCCCAUGACAAAAUCGCAAAGCAGCAGGAAAACUGGACAAAAGAGGUUGAAGUGUUGAGGAGCCGGAGGGACUUUGACAUUGAACGGCGUGAUAGCACAUGGGUUGAUUCUGAGAAAAAGUAUGCCACGCUGCUGACAGACCAUGUUUACAUGGCGACGACUGACGGGGGUGCAAAUGAACAGCUGGCGCGUAGAUUGAUUGCAGCUGAAAUCAUGGACUGCCCAAACAUUUACUAUUUUCAACAAGACUGUUUGGAGCAUGCGCCACACUUGGUAGUCAUGUCAAGUUUGCUUCUCGUCGAUGAGUUUCUGGAAGGGUUUACGAAUUGGAAAUAUUGGUCCUCUUUAGCCAUGUUUUCACACACUUGUCGAGAUCAAGCACGUUCACUGUAUGAAUCCUACUCGAACAAAUUUGGGGCAAAGAGAGCAAAAGAGGCAGUGAAGACUCUUUUCCCACGUCCUGUAUCGCAAAGAUGGGGUCGAAUUCAAGAGCUGGAAGAUCGGAUUAUUAAUGCUGGAUUCUCUGAAUUGGCUGCUUGCGUGUCAGAAGUGUUGACGCGCAAGUGGGUUGAUGCCAAUGAACUUUCUGGAUCUUUGAUGGCUUGCAAAGCUGAAGCUUGGAGUGGCGCUGUAUCUGUCACAGCAACCAUUCGGCAUGCCAAAGUGACAGCCGCCAGUGGUUCUGCCAAACCAGCAGGAGAAGGUGAUGAUACUUCCAAAAAGAGACAGAAACAGAAACAGCCAGCAAAUCCGAAUGAACUCAGCAUUGAAGAGACCAAAGAAUUCACUAUCAAAAUGGGCAAGUGGAGGGCCCGCACUUUAGAAGCCAUUGGGGAUCAGAUGUGGGGCAUGGUUAUUGCAGUCAUGAACCGUACUCGGUCACCGCUCAUUCACAUAUCGAAUGUGUUGAAGCAGAAACAUUCCCUGCAAACCUGUGUUGAGAAAGGGGGGCCAUUGGCCCAGCUUGUCUACGGAAAAGCAGCACUGAUCUUAGAGGAGUUCAGUGAUACUUUGCGAUCAUUGCGAAUUUCUUCGCAGUGGAAUGCAGUGAUUCCUGAGACUGUCAGCGACGAUGACCGUCGAUUUCUGUGUGUGGUGGCUGGUAGAAUGCUUUUACACAAUGCUUCUGGUUUUGAGCGCCGUGUUGUGUGGCCCCUAACCCAAUUUCCUAUGAAGCUGUUGCUUCUGGUCAGAGCCCCGGCAGAUGUCUUCUGCAUUGUUCGGCGCAGGGUUGCUGAAGAAAUCAUCGGAACAGAUGACAAGGAAUUGGAAAUCAAUGCCAAGAAAAUCAAGCACAGAUUCAGAAAGAGUCUUCGAAUAGCUGCUAGUGAUGGGGUACUUCCAUCCCGUCUUUUUUGGCUGGUUAAAGGUAUUGGAAUCAUGAUGAAGAGUGAUGUGCGUGAAAACGAAAGGCUGAACAAGAUGCAAGGGUUGGUUGCAGAGAGGUGUCCAUCCGCUUCAGUAGAUCUACAGAGCUCCAGGUUGCAAUUGAAGUACCUUCUUGGGGAAUCAGGGGAAGGGGCUGGGCAUGCAGCAUCGCAUAGAUGGUCCCAAUUCAGACCAGUUGCUGAGAAAGUGAGACAGCUUUGCUUGCAAUCUUGGGAGGGUCUCAUUGAUGUCCAGUCAGAGCCAACAAGAUUUGCUCCUUCAACCAAAGCCACAAACUGUGUUGCGCCCACAAGGGCAUUGUAUUUGAACAGCGUCAUGAAUCCUCAUGUUCACUGCCAUUCUGUCAGCCAUGCUUGGGCUGCCAGCUACAACAUGAUUGUCCACAGGACUCUGCUUGAACGGAAACAAAGCGAGACUGCCUUGGGGUCUCUUUUUCCGACAGUGAUUAGCAUUGCUACACGGUUGAAGGGCGAACGGUCAUCCACUUUCCGUUUCUUUGUCUCAGCUGAACUUGUUCGCAGGAAACAUAGACUUCUGGAAGUGCAAUGGGACAGAGCUUCAAACAGGAUUCAGUGGUCAUGCUUGAAAGGGUUUAAAGCCUUGUUGAUCCUCAUCAAAGAAGAGUUCGACAGAGUGCGCCAGGGGCACGUGAUUGCGAUCAUGCAUGCAGAGGUAAAGUCUUUUGGCACGUUGGAUGGUUCGGUGAAUUGUGCAACCCUGGGGAAAGUUCAAAACAUUGUCAAAUUGGAACCUCCCUGCACAAAUCUCAUUGAGAAGUGCGGCCACGAGGCAAAGGAUGCACACGAAAAGAGUAGCCACACUGACAUUCCGAAAUCCACUCCACCCAAAUCUGCAUCAGUUUCUUCAGAAGGCCAAGAAGUACAACAAAUGGGUUUGAAUUUGCUGGUCCAAGAAGCAGAACUUGAUGAACAAAACGGAGAACAUGAACAUGAAAAUAUCGAACAGGGGGAUGCGGUUGAGGAUGACUUUCAACACUACUUGGCCAAGGGUUUGGAUACAUGUCAGAUUCAGUAUGAAGAUGAUGAAAUGCUGUCUAAUCUCGCAGAACGGAAGUUUAAAGGCCAAACCAGUGAAGACCUCGUCAAUUCAUAUGAAAAAGCCGUGGCAAUUCAAACCAUUGAGAAAACGGGCAUUGAUUCAGUGGAGCAACAAGCUGCUAUUGAGCACGUGCAACAAUCAUCUAUGAUUGAUCCACUGGGUGCAGCUUUUGAGGUUGCUUUGGCAACGGCUCAGGGGGUUGAUUCAGUUUCAGAAGAAGCCCGGGCUAAGUUGUCUGUGGACACAGGCGAAACCCAAACCGGUUUCUUGCAUUGCAUUUGGUUUGUUGGGUUGUUCGGUCAGUUUUAG